UCAAAACUUGUCUCACAACGUAGGAAAAAGAAGAAAACUUUCAGCUUUUUCUUUUUUAAUGGAAAAAUAAAAUUUACCUCUUUUUAUUGAUUUUUUAAUCCCUUAAACCUAAAAUAAUUAGCUAAGGCAGGAAUAUAUUUGACAGCACAGUGUAAAACUCUGCUGGCUAAGGAGAAAGAAGAAGAAAGAGAAAGAGGAGGGAGAUUUCCGUUCUCGCUCUCUCCUUCUCCUAUCAUCUUUCAUUAUUGUCCCAUCACAGCCACCAUUCCUCUACUUUCUCUUCUUCCUCUCUUCCAUCUUAUUGAAAUUAGAAUAAUAAUAAUAAAACUUUCAAUAAACCCUACCAGAUGGUAACACCAGUUUUGAAAUUAUUUGCUGUAUAAAUUAUUAUCCUAAUCUUCAUUUUUAUUAUAUAAACAGUACUACCACAUUUUCCUAGAUUUUUGCAGCUCUUUUAUCGUUUAUUGUUUUUGUUGUUCUUUCAAGAGAGAAAGACAUCAUUCUUCUUCAACCCUUCUCCUAUAGAGGAUUCUUUUUCACAGAGAAGAAAGAAAAGCGGAAACAACAAAUAUCCAACCCAUUAUUAUUGCUUUACUGCUUCAAUAAUGGUUCCUAACUUCUACAUUCUCUUAAUUUGCCUCUCUACUUUUUCCCUUCUCUUUAAUGGAGCUACUUCCUUCUAUCUCUCCCUUCCCCACCAACACCCUGAUCCUGAAGCUGUUGCGUAUGAUGUUCAAAGGAGAGUGGAUGAUUCUAUAUCAGUAAGACAACUUUUGUCGACCCAAGAAAAGGACAAAUGCAAAACUGGAAACCCAAUCGACGACUGCUGGCGGUGCGACUCCAACUGGUCUAACAACCGCCAGCGCUUAGCCGACUGUGUCAUCGGCUUCGGUCAGGGUGCAUUAGGCGGCAAAGGCGGCCAGAUCUACAUAGUCACCGACUCAUCCGACCGUGACCCCGCCAACCCAACUCCGGGAACCCUCCGUUACGGCGUCAUCCAAGACGAACCCCUCUGGAUCAUCUUCUCCACCAGUAUGACUAUCAAGCUCAAACACGAACUUAUCGUCAACAGCUACAAAACCAUCGACGGUCGUGGAGCUACCGUCCACAUUACGGGCAAUGGAUGCAUCACACUCCAGUACGUCUCCCACAUUAUUAUCCACAACAUCCACGUCUACAAUUGCAAACCCUCGGGCAACACUAACAUAGCAUCAUCACCAACACACGUCGGGUACAGGGGAAGAUCGGACGGUGAUGGAAUCUCCAUCUAUGGGUCCCAGAAAAUAUGGAUUGAUCAUUGCACUCUAGCAUCUUGUACAGAUGGUUUGAUCGAUGCUAUAAUGGGGUCCACUGGGAUCACAAUAUCAAACAACUAUUUUUCUCACCAUGAUGAGGUGAUGUUACUGGGGCACGACGAUGGGUACAUUUUGGACUCGGGAAUGCAGGUGACCAUAGCCUUUAAUAUAUUCGGCGAGGCGCUGGUGCAGCGUAUGCCUCGGUGUAGACGCGGAUAUAUACACGUGGUGAACAAUGAUUUCACGUACUGGGAGAUGUAUGCAAUCGGCGGUAGCGGUAACCCCACCAUUAAUAGUCAGGGUAAUCGGUAUAUUGCACCGGCGGAUCCAAAUGCCAAAGAGGUGACGAAGCGCGUGGACACGAACGAAGGUUGGGCAGAUUGGAAUUGGAGGACAGAUGGGGACAUAAUGGUAAAUGGAGCAUUCUUCGUACCGUCAGGAGCUGGGUUGAGCGCCCAGUAUGCGAAAGCGUCUAGCGUGGAGCCCAAAUCAGCUGGAAUAAUUAACCAACUCACAAUGAACGCUGGUGUAUUUGGUGGGCCCAGGUAUGACCCCACUGCAUGUCUUCAUCCUCACUUUUUUCAAUUUAAGGGCAUGAGAGCUUCUCCGGUCCAGGAUUCAGCGGCUACGGGAGCAGCACCGGCACCACCAACACCGGAAGUGUUGGGUCCUCCGGUGGUGAUAGUGACUACUUUGGAAUGAUUUUUGGGAGCGGCGCUCCACAACCCACUUGUGCUAGCUCGAUCUUUUUGUGUAUUUUAAUUUUGUGCACUUGUAUGGUUGGUAAUAUAUUAUCAUGAUCAUUAUUGAUUAUACAAGUUGACAUUUAAAGCAUCAAAUUAAGAUGUAAAUGGUGGAAAAGUGGAAAAAAAAAAUAUCAAAAGGAGCUUGGUUCCAUUACUUA